UCUGAGACACUGGGGGCGUCUUAAACAUAUAUGAGACCUCAAAGCCGGCCUCCACAAUGACAUAUUUCCUCCAAUAAGGCCACUUGACUCCAACAAAGCCACACCUCCUAAUAGUGCCACUCCCUUUGGAGGCCAUUUUCUUUCAAACCAUCACAGGAACCUUCACCUCAAUGACGGGGUCUAAUUUAUGCUUUUCACUGUUUGGGAGUCAAAUUUUAAUACAACCAUCUCAAACAGGAGGAGCACAAGAACUCACAAACUGCUUAAGAACAGUAUAUAUGUUACCUAUGAGGAUAGCUAUCAGAGCUCACCUCUCAUCCCUAAGCCUGAACAGUGCAUCACAUAAACAUCCCUAUCAGUUCAUACACAAAGGAAAUUCUUGAAGAGAAACAAGUAACCACCUCAUACAAGUUUACUUAAUUUUUGAACUACUUUAUUAGAUUUUAAAGAUGUUUGAGCAAUGUAACUUCAAAACCACAAAAUACACAUAUACACACAUUCAUACAACACACACACACACACACACACACACAUUCCUUUGCAGUCCUGGACUCUGAACCUAGGAUUUACCACCUGCUAGAUAGAUAGAUGCCUUAUUACUAAGACAUAUUCCCACUGUUCCCAAUGUGGUUUUAUUUUGAGACAGGAUUUCAUGAACUUAUUCUACAGCCAUGCUUGCUUUGAACUUAGACCCUCAUUCCCUAGCCUCUCAGGUAGCAGGGGUUAGAGUUCUACAUACCAGGCCUAGCCACGAUUACUGUUAAGACACAAGCAUACCCCCUUUUCCUGAGACAGACACCCAUCCACCCUCAAUUUCUCCUUAACAGACAUCAGCUUUUUCGCAUACUGUCUUGUUCCGAAAUUCUUUUCUGUGACAUCAAUUAAGACCCCUGCUUUACAAGAGAAGAUAUCUCCAGAAAGAACUCAUAACAGCUGGCCGCACUGGGUCACAAGUUCUGCUUCAGCUGAUGUAAUCCCACAACACCCUCAUUUUAGCCUCCUCCAGAAUGGAUCGGGUUUUACACCUUCCUCAAUGAGCAAUCAUGUUCUCUUUCUCCUCUUCUCUUGACAUGCUUUCAUCUUCUAACCAUGGUGGCCUCGGUUUCAUGGCGACCCUCCCUAUGCCUCAGCUGCCUUAGUUCUGGGCAUUUUGCCACAAGGCCCAGCUGAAGGCACUCAAUCUCCAGGCGUGCCCCUUGGAUAAGCUCUGAGAACACUUCUCCAACAUACCUGCAGCUGCAUCUACCAGCCCAGCCACUUUAAGAGACUGUAAACUGUCAUGCCAGCUUUAUAAUGUUAUAGACAAUUAAGGGGCAGGCAGAGAGAGGGCAAGACAGAGAGAGUAGGCCCCUGGUGGUGGCGUUUAAUUCGCGAAAGGAGAGGCAAACUCGGUUGAAAAACACCCUUGACGUUGGUUGAUUUGGCUACAGAGAUGCCAUUGGUGAGACAUACAUAAGGGCGUUUGAGCAGUUCCUCCUACGAUUCAGGGGACACAGCGCCUCUCACAUGCUCUGUGGAGCGUUUGUUAGGCUCUGCUCCCUUCGAGAAGGCCUCACUCUGGAGUUCUGGGAUAAUUCUAGGAACACCGUCUGAUUCUACAGUGAGAUGGCGAAGAUGUUUGUGCUACUUCUGUAACAUAUAUAAAUAAUUUCGAUAAGAAUUCGGGCCUGAAUAAUUGAUUUUAAUCGCCAGUUAGGAACCACAUAUAUAGACGAUCCCUCCGAAGACAUUGGAUAUAUUUUCUACCAAAAAUUACUUUUGAAUUUUCAAAGAAAAGAGAAAGUUUUCUUCUUCUUCAUGAAUUUGAAUGAAAAUCAAGGGCUUUUCCCACUAGUUCUGGCCUGCAGGGACAUUUAUCAAUAAAAGGUAAGAAGCCAGGUGGAAUCCAAGUCCCCGUGGGUCACCUGGUGUCGCAACCUGUGCGAUUCUGCAGUGAGCACACGUGGAAGUUUCUACUUUUGGGGGGAAAAGAAACACAAACGCCCCUCCACCAGGGGCGGGGGAGGUGUCUGGGAAUGCACCAAUCACAGCGCGCCCUGCUCUAUAUAAGCCCCCCCCCGCCCGACCCCCGCUGCGCUGUUGGUGGUCUUUUUACUUUUUCUUACUGGGUUAUUUCUUGACUAAUUCUUGGCUAUGUCGGAAACGGCUCCUGCAGCCUCAAGUAGCCUUGCCCCAAUUCCUGUCGAGAAACCGCCAUCUAAGAGGCGAAGGAAGAAGCCUGGCCUGGCCGCUGCUCGCAAACCCCGGAGUUUCUCGGUUUCCAAGUUGAUUCCCGAGGCCCUUUCGACGUCUCAGGAACGGACUGGAAUGUCCCUUGCUGCCCUGAAGAAAGCCCUGGCUGCGGCUGGCUAUGACGUGGAGAGGAACAACAGCCGGAUCAAGCUGGCCCUCAAGAGACUUGUGAAUAAGGGGGUCCUGGUGCAGACCAAGGGCACCGGCGCCUCCGGCUCCUUCAAACUCAGCAAGAAGGCUGCUCCUGAGAAGGUCAAGGGUAAGGUCAAGAAAUCUGCUUCUGCCAAGGCGAAGAAGCUAGGCUUGUCCAGGGUCUCGAGAUCCCCCAAGAGCAACAAGACCAAGGGUGUCAAGAAGCCGAAGGCCACGCCCACGAAAGCAUCCUCCGGCGGACCGAAGACCAAAGGCACCAAGGGUGUGCAGCCGCGGAAAAGUCCCGCCAAAGCAAGGGCGGCGAACCCCAACGGUGGCAAGCCAAAGAUGGGCCUGCAGAAGACCGACCUGAGGAAGGCAGCAGCGAAGAAGUGAGCUUCAAAGUCAGUUUUAAAAAAACCCAAAGGCUCUUUUAAGAGCCACUUCCAUAAUUUUUAAAAUGGCAAAAACACUUUAUACAAAAGUUAAUGGAGCCGGGCGGUGGUGGCUCAUUCCUUUAAUCCCAGCACUGGGGAGGCAGGCAGAUUCUGUGAGUUCGAGGCCAACCUGGUCUACAGAGCUAGUUCCAGGUCAGGCACCAAAGCCACAAGGAACCCAGUCUCAAAAAACAUAACCGAAAAGUUAACGAGGUGGACAGUCGCUUUACAUAGAUCUGUCUUCUAGACCCUAGAGUUAAAAUGUUUGGAGGGCCCUAGGUGUACCUAUUUACAAAUUUGGUCUUGUAUUAAUGCUUUCUCAUUAUCAUAAAGGUCACCAUAGGCGUAUUUCAUUCUAGAAACGCCACCAUAUCAAGGAAGAAAGUAGAGAUGAGUUCAGUAAUAGAUACCACUUUGACCAAAUAUUGUACUUCAAUUUACACUUUAAAAACACCAUUAAUCACUGUCCAGGCUUUUAAACCACCACUAUGAACCCAGAUGAUUAGGAGUCAAGCUAGAGAUUAUACGUGUUUUCUUGAGUUUAAUUUUUAGGAUUUCAUGGGUGAUGAAAAAUGCAACGAGCAGUCUCAAGAAUAUUGGAAGUUUUUGCAGUUUAACAAUAAAGAUCAAUUUUGUCCCAUUUUAUAAAAUGGUUUAAUACUAUUGGCCUAACAAGAAUUACAGUUGAAAUCCUUUGUAUAUUUUAUGAAAAUAACAUGUAGACUUCAUGAGAUUGACAAGAGAAGUAUUAAAAAUUAAGAACCCUAUUCUUUUAGGAAAAUGUUAGAGCUUGAAGUCAAUGCUCGACAUAACAAAAACAGUACUGGGGCAGUCUGGUGUGAAAUACUUUAAAAAAAAUCCUGUUUAAAACUUGUGAUUUAGCAGUUUUAUGCAUUAAGGAGUGCCACAAAUAGUAAAUUUAUAUUUAUCUAUUUUAGGCCUUGGUUUCAGGAAUGACAAAAGACCAUAGCGGGGUUGCUAGAGAGAUUGCUUAGUCAAAUACACAUGCUGGUCUUGAAGACCAGACUUUGGGGAGCAGAACACAACUACAUAUAACUCCAGCUUCCCGGAAAUCCGACGCCCUUCUCCUGGCAACUGUACAAACGUGCUACAUACACGAACUUAAAGUGAUAAAACGCAACUAUGCAGUUCGUGUAUAAAAUGGUCGUCCCCAGUAAAGUAGUUAGGCCUUAUUGUAUACAAUGAAUAGCUAAACAUAUACCUUCAAUACCUUCUAUGUAGAACCAGACCUUACCCUAAGAAAAGCGUUAUCCAGCCCUGAAACAUGUCAGACACAAUUCCCGAUGUGAUUUUAAUUCCAAGUUUGCUAAAUUAACGUAUUCAGUACUAAAUUGUUUAAAUUUAACCAGCCUGCAUAGGCUUUCUGGUUUCAUCUUUUAAAAACAUCACCUACCCUUGAAACAACUUUGACGGGAAGGACG